UUUCUGGCUAACGAAAAAAUGGGUACCGGCAAAUCUUGCAACGCAGUUCGAGCUGAACACAUGAACAUUAGAGGCGGGGCGCUUACACGUGCUAGAAAGGAUAAGACUGGUUCGUUCCUGUGGAGGAACGUGCGUUGCACAGUAACACACAGUUACCGCUUAGCGUUUAGUGCUGUAUCUGGCUCUGCGGCAGAAAUGAACAACGCCGUUCUAAGGGGGAACAACAAAGUUUCCGACAGCCCCUUCAUAUCGUCUUCUUUAUUGUUGUUGCAUAUGCGUCUUUGUAAUGCAAAUAUUCGGCCUACAAUGUACUGAAACAUGUUAUGAGGUCGAGGAAUCGGCCUCGGUUCGUUGGCCUGCAUGCACACAGAGUAUCCGUAUAUACGGCGACGGCCCGCAGGUGGGCGCAUGGAUACGAAUAUUUCUUCCCGUUUCCUGUUUGUCGGCCACUGUGGCGGUGCCUAGUCGGCUGCGGAAGUUCGGAGACAGCCGCACACAGACGCGGGAUCUGUGGACGUUAGAUUUUCCCGUUUCACGAAAAAGGAACGUUUGAACGCAGGCUUUUGUGUGGAGCAGGUUAUGCGGGAGGACGCACUGUACUUGCAAGGCCCUCUUGCAGUCUGUCCCUCAAAAACGCACUGCGAGGGCGGAUUCCGUGGUUGAUGCUAGCAUAUUUUGCUGCAAGCAGGGAACUCGCUCUUGUUUUCUGUGUCGGCACAACUCUUCCGGAGAACAUUUUUCUCUUUCUUUCUCGACGGCUUGCCAUUAUCCCAGCGUCUUCCCCGUGUUCCCUUUUCUUCGGUUCUCGACUGUAUCCGAUCCGUAGCUGUUGCGGACGCCCGGCUGGAUUCCCUGCGAAAAUUGUCUACCCGUUUUUGUCUGCCCACACCUUUCCGAAGAUGAUGCCGCUGUCCUCGUCUCUUUUCCGACCGUAUGGUCACCUUUUCCACCAGUUCCCCCGGCGCUUCUUUUCCUCUGCACAGCGGGGUGACUAUUCUUUGAUGCUCCCGCGCCAUUUCUCCUCCACCGCGUCGUCUGUCACGAAACCGCCGCAGAAGACGGAUGCCCCCGCAAAACAUGAUGAGCACGACUCUCACCACGGCACAAACAAUUUCUACCACAUGCCUUCCCACCACUCUCCGUCCCGUCACCACCUGAAUCCUGAUGGAACAAUGCGCGACCUCACGACGGCAGAGACUUUCCACUGGGAGCACGCUGAAGCAGAAACGCCUGCCCAGCAGAUUGUUUCCGUUAACGGACGCAAGAUGGUCAAGGGCGUUGAGACCAGAGAUCUCGUCGAGCUCUUCCUUGUUCACCAAAAAAACAUUCCUUUCUGGCCACGAAUGCGUAUGAACGUCUGGGGCAACCACGACUUGCUCAUGAAGGCUGAGUUCCUUUUCUUCUGGACUCCCACAUUCAUCACCUGGUCGCUUGCAAUUCCGAUGUUCACGCUCUUGUACAUGCUCGACGAAGCGGUGUAUGCGGCCAUGACCGUCAAAGUUAUCGGCAGACAGUGGUACUGGAUCUACGAAGUCGAGUCGCCUGUUGACGACGAGGAGUAGAGAGCACAGGCGGCUUCCUAUGCGUUUCCUAAAGGACGGCUGUUCGAGCGUUGAAUGGGCAGUUGAUGGUCUGCACCCAGAAGCAAAAGGAAACAACUGGAUGCCGCAGUUUGCCAGCAUCUUUGAGAGGUUUUGGAAUCACAGUCGUUUUUCUCGAGUUCAGCAGCGGCUCUGGGACAGCGACCUCGGUUUUGAGAAGCGCGGGAACAGCACUGCUGUAAACGACGCUCAUGUGCUGCGGCGCUGGAUGAGCUUGUGAACCCGAGAUGAAUCGACGUUUCCGUGUACAAUUGAGUGUGUGGAUGGAAAAAUACACUUUGUUGAAUACAAAUGUGAGUACCGUGAAAAUACGACCCAGCGAGCCGGAGAUAUGUUUCCUCUGGACACGGCACUGCGAAAGUGGUGCGUUUAACCAGGGCUGUCGUCACUUGGAAGAGCAGACACCGCUAGCAGUGGUGAACAUAAAUAUGCGAAUUGAAAGAAAGCGGUCUCAUGUCCGUUCUAUCGAGUCGCCAAUCACGCGUGCCAAGAAAGAAGUGACAAAAGGGAUUAGUCGGAUCCGACUGUGUGGACUACCCGGACUUGAACAAACAUUCUGUGUUAUUCAGGAAGGGCAGUUUUGUUAAGAGUAAGCGAAAGAUGUUUGUCUAACUUUCAACGCCUCAGAGGUACGCCGCGGUGUCUAUACACAACGUGUGCACGCAACGAGGGAAAGCCUCUCGUCGAGCCGCACCUGCCCACGUGUAUAACAACUUGCACGAUUCUCCAUGCCAGUCUGUGGGUGGGGACAUCGAAAUCGCAGCCUUGGGGGACAAAACGAGCAGCUUUAGAGAAGGCGAACAGGGAACGUUUUUUUGUGUCGCAGUUGGGCACUUCAGCACCAGACCAUUGUUAGAAACAGCGAUUCAAAUGAGAACUGUCCUAAAAUGAAGUGGUCUUAAGUUAAGUCGAAUGGUGGUUGUGGCUAUCCCGUUGUAAAGAGAGGUGUCUUCACCGUUUUUAGUAGCGGAUUUCCGAAGCGAGAGUCGAGGUGGAAGCAUACAGGCUGGUUCAUAAUGAAGGAUAUCCGGAGUUUCUCUGGUUGUCUCUUCAUGAACAGUCGUCCCCUUUUCCCUCGUAGUACGUUCUUCGGAGAAAAAUCGGCACGAUCAUGUUCGUUUUGUUGGCUCUCCAGUCAAUACGUCGCAGAUCAUUUUCUGCUUGACUGUUCACGGAGAGGUGACAGGCUGUGACGCGCCAACAUGAGAAAGCAGAAAAGCUUUGCGUCACGUUGGAAACGAGUGUGUGAAUAAUUGGCUGUGGUUAGCUUGAGGAGUCUUUUCGAGGGUUAUUUUUCCAAAAUGAUGUGCACAGUGUCAUCUAUGGAACAAGGAACGGGGCUGUAGCGUUAGCAGGAAGAAUCCAGGAGGCAACGACCUCCGUUUUUCUGGUAGAGUAUGUGACAGUAGUUUAAAGAACCACUCAGACAUACACGCGCCAUGUUUGGCAAUUAGACGGCAAAAAUUUAGUCAUGCAUCAAUGCAGAAAAGUUGAAGGGAGGCGAUUGAGGCAGAUACGACGGGCUCGAAAGAAUAUCAAAGGUUCAGAUUUAACGGCAGGCGAUGCUCAGGAACAAAAGAAUUGAAUGAUACAUCUGUGUAUCUGAACACGCGGUUGCUCGUUCAUUUUCCCGUGCAGUGUAUGUACGUGCCUUUGUUAGGAAGGACUUUGGUCUUAUCAAUGCUCGAAUGCCUCACUUUGUCUCUACAUCGGCCUCCCUUGCUAGUGUAGAGAAAUCAUCCCUUUCAGCCCCAAAACAAAAGUAUGGUGCUAAUCAGCUGUACCCACCGGAAUCAUGAAACUCCUGCGCGAGGGCAAGCGCGGCGAAAACAGUACUUCGACUUCUGUCGAGUGGGACAGCACAGUGGCAUGCAGAAGGUAUGUUCUAGUCGCGUCCCCAUUCCCAGUGAUUCCAGGGGACCGAUCUGCCCAUAGGAAACGGUUGCUUUUUCAUCAGUACCGGCAAAAAAGUCAGGUGACCCCAAAGAACUGUGGUGGUACGGUGCAGAGGUCGCGACAUUCGUGUGCGCGGAAAUGCUGCUUCGUAGCGGUUUCCAGACGCACCUGGACUUUGCAAAGGAGAACCAGAUAACAAACCCGCGCAAGCAUUACAGUUGUGUCCGGCGAUGAAAAUAUGAAUUUGACGGGGAUUUGAUUGGAAAAAACGCUGGUGGUUGCAUGCAGAAAGCUUCGUUCAAGCGUGCAGAUUUUUUUUUCGCUCGCUACGCGAGUUACCCGGGGGGCCAGCGCCUCGUCCUCUCGAUGCUACGGGAACAGUUAGCUACGUGCCGUUCGAGAUCGUUGUACCGAGUAAGAUGUAGACGAAGGAGAAUCAUAAGCGUCUCUUUCUCCGUUUUCUCGAUGACAGUUCCGGGAGUUUACGGAGUGUAGGCCUUUUUACCCCACUUUUUGUGCACGCUCUUUUUCUGUCUCCCGGUGCCACACACCAGCCUCUUUGUUUACCGCUUGAAGGUACGCGCGAGUGUCCCAAUUUGCAGGAAUGACACUACUGCGAAUUCAUCAGAUCAGUUUUUUAUGUUUCCCUGUGGUUUGUUAUUUCCGAUUUCUCGAGAAAACAUGGCAUAUUCACGUCGUGGGGCACACUCCGUCGCCACGAAGGCGGGAGCUCUGUUGUCGAUGCUGGUCCUCACCGGUUUCUGCGUGGUUUUCGUGCGAGCGGGAAACAACGAGUUCCCCGCCACUCAAGUCGCAGACAUAACCUGCUCUGCCGAAUCGAUGGAGCACGCGGUAACGCUUAGUGCCAAUGAAACAUUCAGCCUCACAUGCGCAACACAAGACUGGGAACCCGUUCCGUCCAAGUUCCACGAAGUCAUGUGUCCCGGCCAGGGCUGUAAUUGCACCGACGCACAGGCAGCUCCUUAUGUUGCGUACUUUCCACUAACAAAGUACUGGAAGUGGGUGUCGCCAGAAAACAACAGUGACAAGACACACCAGUGGACAACCCCUGUCGGCAAGUGGCUCAACAUGCAAGAGGCCGCGACCUUCAGUGUUGGCUGUCGACAUAAGAACAACAACACUCUCUGCUUCGUAGAUGUCACAGUAAAGGCUGGCGGUCACGUUCUUGUUCCACCAGUUGCAGCGUCCUUUUUGGCCCUUCUAGCAGCUUCUGCAGUCCAGAUCCUGUAAAAAGCCCGCCGUCGCUUCGAGCUCAGGAGCAGACGCAGGAUCCAGCAUUGCUGUAGUAUGUUCACGUGUCGAUGAAAGGUACUUCUGCGUCGGCCGAAGGCGGCUGGCAGGGAUGUAGUGGAGUCGAUCGAGUCUAGGGAAAGUGCGGUGGAAUGCCCCGAUGUGAGCUACAAAAGCAAUUGCUGUCGGAGAAUGUAGAGGUGGACCACAGGGACGAGAUGAGGGGUUUCCUCGCAUAACGGCUGAGAAAAAGGGAUUUUCGGUUAGGGACCACCGACGUAGGGAGCAGCCACCGAACGACUGCGACUCUAAAUAGAUGUGUGCAUGCGUUGCAACCGUUCUGAAUGGUUCUGGUACAGUUAUUAAACCAACACCCGGGAGCAGGAAAACCGUCAGUUGAUAGAGCACGCAACAGUGCUGUCCUUCAUCUGAGUGGAGUCUGGCGAACACUACAACACGGAGUUGAGUCG